UAUUAUUUUUUUUAAAAAACCAAACAUGUAAAUUUUGGGAAUUAAAAAUAAAAUAGUUAUCCUGUCGAUUGGAGAGAUUUUCAGUGGCUAUCGGGAUUUCCUCCCCCCUUUUGUUUUGCUUUUUGCGAGCAUUUCAUUUGGUACCUUCCCCCCCUUUUUUGAGUGGGGGGAUUCCAAAAAAAGGGGGGCUGUUGGCGGUUGAGUGUGUGUGUGUGGGGGUGAGAUUUAAAGCUUGGAAAGUUUUCGUGCAGCUGCCUGAGCAAACCCCGAGCCCCCCAGCCAGCCGCCAGCGGAGAGAGGGAGGGAGAAAGAGAGCUAGCGGAGGAGAGAAAGUCUUCCUAGGGUCUCUCAUCGGUUAUAAGGAAGUGUAGUUUCUUAGAGGGCUGACAUUGAAACAACUUCAGCUGUUUACUUUUAGGAUGUCUCGCCGCAAGCAAGCUAAACCAAGAGCACUCAAAGUAGAAGAAAAUGAAUUGGAGGACCAGGGAGGUGUGGGACAGUCAGCUGCGCAGACAGAUCUGAACUGUAAGCUAGAAGACAAGGCAGAAGAUGGAGAGUUGAUAGAUUGCAAGAAAAGGCCGGAAGAAGGGGAGGAGUUAGAAGAAGAAGCUGUGCACAGCUGUGACAGCUGCCUCCAGGUGUUUGAGUCACUGAGUGAUAUCACAGAGCACAAGAUUAAUCAAUGUCAGCUGACAGAUGGAGUAGACAUUGAGGAUGACCCUUCCUGCUCAUGGCCAGCUUCUUCACCUUCCAGCAAAGAUCAGACUUCCCCAAGCCAUGGAGACGGCUGUGACUUUGGUGAAGAAGAAGGUGGCCCAGGAUUGCCCUACCCAUGCCAGUUUUGUGACAAGUCAUUUAGCCGCCUCAGCUACUUAAAGCACCACGAGCAAAGUCACAGUGACAAGCUCCCUUUCAAGUGCACGUAUUGCAGCCGUCUCUUCAAACACAAGCGGAGCCGAGAUCGCCACAUCAAACUCCACACGGGAGACAAGAAGUACCACUGCAGCGAGUGCGACGCCGCGUUUUCAAGAAGCGAUCACCUUAAAAUUCACUUAAAGACUCAUACCUCUAACAAGCCAUAUAAGUGUGCCAUUUGCCGCCGUGGAUUCCUCUCCUCUAGUUCACUUCACGGACACAUGCAAGUGCAUGAGAGGAACAAAGAUGGUUCUCAGUCGGCCUCCCGCAUGGAGGACUGGAAAAUGAAGGACACUCAGAAGUGCAGUCAGUGCGAAGAAGGCUUUGACUUCCCGGAAGAUCUUCAGAAGCACAUCGCCGAAUGCCAUCCCGAGUGUUCCCCGAAUGAAGACCGAGCUGCUCUUCAGUGUGUUUACUGCCACGAACUCUUUGUAGAGGAAAGUUCGCUCGUGAACCACAUGGAGCAGGCGCAUAAUGGAAUGGAGAAGAAACACAUGUGCAGUAUUUGCUCAGAGAACUUUCAUACUGUUGAAGAGCUCUAUAGCCACAUGGACAGCCACCAGCAACCAGAAUCGUGCAACCACAGCAACAGCCCCUCUUUAGUGACUGUUGGCUACACCUCAGUAUCGAGCACCACACCAGAUUCCAACCUCUCAGUGGACAGUUCAACGAUGGUAGAAACAGCUCCCCCGAUAACAAAAGGCCGUGGAAGGAAACGGGCAGCCCAGCAAGUGGCGGAUAUCACUGGGCCUUCCAGUAAGCAAGCCAAGGUUACCUACAGCUGCAUUUAUUGCAACAAGCAGUUAUUUUCGAGCCUUGCAGUAUUGCAGAUACACCUGAAAACUAUGCAUUUAGAUAAACCUGAACAAGCCCAUAUUUGUCAGUAUUGUUUAGAAGUGUUGCCUUCACUUUAUAAUCUGAACGAGCAUCUCAAGCAAAUACACGAAGCCCCCGAUCCCGCGCUGAUUGUUUCCACCAUGCCUGCUAUGAUCUACCAGUGUAACUUCUGCUCCGAAGUUUUCAACGACCUCAACACUCUUCAGGAACAUAUUCGAUGUACUCAUGGAUUUGCAAAUCCAGCUGCUAAGGACAGUAAUGCAUUCUUUUGUCCUCAUUGUUACAUGGGGUUUCUUACAGAUUCUUCUUUGGAAGAGCAUAUUAGACAAGUCCAUUGCGAUCUCAGCAGUUCCCGUUUCGGUUCCCCUGUACUAGGCACCCCUAAGGAUCCAGUCGUGGAAGUAUAUUCUUGUUCUUAUUGUACCAAUUCUCCAAUAUUUAAUAGUGUUCUUAAACUGAAUAAGCAUAUAAAGGAGAACCAUAAGAACAUUCCAUUAGCGCUAAACUACAUCCAUAAUGGAAAGAAGUCUAGGGCCAUGAGCCCCUUAUCUCCAGUGACUAUAGAACAGACUUCAUUAAAGAUGAUGCAGGCUGUAGGAGGUGCCCCUCCGCGCCCUGCUGGUGAAUACAUUUGCAAUCAAUGUGGUGCUAAAUACACUUCCCUGGAUGGUUUUCAGACUCAUUUAAAAACACAUCUUGACACUGUUCUACCAAAACUGACCUGCCCUCAGUGCAACAAGGAGUUUCCAAACCAAGAGUCCCUACUGAAGCAUGUAACCAUCCAUUUCAUGAUAACCUCCACUUACUACAUCUGUGAAAGUUGUGAUAAACAGUUUACUUCAGUGGAUGAUUUGCAGAAACAUUUGCUUGACAUGCACACCUUUGUGUUUUUCCGUUGCACUUUGUGCCAAGAGGUGUUUGAUUCUAAAGUCUCCAUCCAGCUUCACCUGGCUGUGAAGCACAGCAAUGAGAAGAAGGUCUACAGGUGCACAUCGUGUAACUGGGAUUUCCGCAACGAGACGGACUUGCAGCUCCACGUCAAGCACAAUCAUCUAGAGAACCAGGGGAAAGUGCACAAGUGUAUUUUUUGUGGCGAGUCGUUUGGCACUGAGGUGGAGCUCCAGUGCCACAUUACAACGCACAGCAAAAAAUACAAUUGUAAGUUUUGCAGCAAAGCUUUUCAUGCGAUCAUCUUGCUGGAAAAACACCUGCGGGAAAAGCAUUGUGUUUUUGAAACAAAAGCUCCCAAUUGUGGAACCAAUGGAGCAUCUGAGCCAGUUCAGAAAGAAGAAGUCGAACUACAGACCUUGCUGACAAACAGCCAGGAAUCGCACAAUAGCCAUGAUGGCAGUGAGGAAGACAUUGACACAUCUGAGCCUAUGUAUGGUUGUGAUAUUUGCGGGGCGGCCUAUACCAUGGAGUCUCUUCUGCAAAACCACCAACUGAGGGACCACAACAUCCGACCUGGGGAAAGCGCCAUUGUGAAGAAAAAGGCUGAGCUGAUUAAAGGGAACUACAAGUGUAACGUGUGCUCUCGGACGUUCUUCUCAGAAAACGGACUCCGCGAACACAUGCAGACUCACUUGGGUCCAGUGAAACACUAUAUGUGCCCUAUAUGCGGGGAGAGAUUUCCAUCUCUUCUGACGCUCACUGAACAUAAAGUCACACAUAGCAAGAGCCUCGAUACAGGGAACUGCAGGAUUUGCAAAAUGCCUCUCCAGUGCGAGGAAGAUUUUUUGGAGCAUUGCCAGAUGCAUCCUGAUUUGCGAAACUCCUUAACAGGAUUCCGUUGUGUGGUGUGCAUGCAAACGGUGACUUCUACUUUGGAGCUGAAGAUCCACGGGACAUUCCACAUGCAAAAGACGAGCAACAGUUCUACGGUGCAGACCACAGGGCGAGUGCAGCAUCUUCAGAAGCUGUACAAAUGUGCAUCUUGCCUGAAGGAAUUUCGUUCCAAACAGGACUUGGUGAAACUUGACAUCAAUGGCUUACCAUAUGGUCUGUGCGCUGCCUGUGUUAAUCUCAGCAAAAGUGGUAGUCCAAGUGUCAACAUCCCUUCGAGCAGUAAUAGACAAGGCCUGGGCCAGAAUGAGAACUUGAGUUCCACUGAGAACAAAAACAAAGCAGGAGGGCUGAAGACUCGCUGUUCGAGUUGCAAUGUUAAAUUUGAAUCAGAAAGUGAACUUCAGAACCACAUCCAGUCAGUCCAUAGAGAGCUCAUUCCAGACAGCAAUAGUACGCAUCUGAAAACACCACAGGUAUCGCCAAUGCCCAGAAUCAGUCCAUCGCAAUCCGAAGAGAAGAAGACCUAUCAGUGCAUCAAGUGCCAGAUGGUUUUCUACAACGAGUGGGAUAUCCAGGUUCAUGUUGCAAACCACAUGAUUGAUGAAGGCCUAAACCAUGAAUGCAAGCUGUGCAACCAGACAUUUGAUUCUCCAGCCAAACUUCAGUGUCAUCUGAUAGAACACAGUUUUGAAGGAAUGGGAGGGACCUUCAAAUGUCCAGUCUGUUUUACAGUAUUUGUUCAAGCCAACAAGUUGCAGCAACACAUUUUCUCAGCCCAUGGGCAAGAAGACAAGAUCUAUGACUGCACACAGUGCCCACAGAAGUUCUUCUUCCAAACAGAACUGCAGAAUCAUACAAUGACCCAACAUAGCAGUUAGUGCAAGGCCCGGUUCUUCAGGAGAGGAUUCUUUGCAGGACGAAAAAAGGGAACAUGUUUUACUCUUUGCACGAGACUUUCAUUGUUUAUGUAUAUUAUUCAGAAACAUUGUAUUGUACCAUAAAACUUGUAUUAUCAAAACUGUUGGAUGUUCAUGUGUUUGAACUUUUGAGCACCGGAGAGACUUCCUGUAUAUAAAGUGUUGCACAUGUAUUAUGUUGUCUGAUACUAAAAUGGUCUUAUAAAGACAAGUGGACUUGGGCCCUAUUCAAGCAGGAUUAAAAGUAUAAUGAUAAUAAUAAUAACAUAUAAAGGGAAAAUGCUUAAGAAAAUGUUAUUUCAAGGAAGAAGAAGAAGAAGAAGAAGAAGAAGAAGAAGAAGAAGAAGAAGAAGAAGAAGAGGAGCAGUGAUACAUUACAACCUUCCUUUCAUUCAAGCUUAUGUCUACAAUCUCUCUCUUUUGGUAUACAAACGGAUGAAUUCAAGAGUAUUUUUAUUGCUGAAGAAUCUUGCAAAAUAAAUAAAUAAAACAAAAUAGGAAGAGACUCUCCAAGUGGGAUCCCCCAGCUGAAUAUGGCCUGUAUAUAUAUUUGUAAGCCUUGCGAUAUGACAGAUAGCAUUACCAUAUAUGCAAUAGUUGUUAUGUAGAUUGUCAAAGAAACUUUUUUCCCUGGAUACCAUUUGAAGCUUUUGAGUGUUCAAGACUUUUCCUUAAUGAUGUCACAUGGCCAAAUUUUUGAAUCAGUUGAACUAACCUGUAUGUUACUGUUAUUAAUGUUUACUCUGCGGUCUGAACCUGGAGAUUACUGGAAUGGUUUUCCAAGAGGAAAUAAAUUCAGUUUA